UCCCGUCCCCUUUCCGCCGCGUGGGUGCCAUGGCAACGGAGAGAGACUGCAACCUGGGUUCCGGAAGUCUGAGAGCUGGAGCUUUGAAGCCACCCCGGUCAAAGGAUGCUGAGUCCGGAGCGCCUAGCCCUACCGGACUACGAGUAUCUGGCUCAGCGACAUGUCCUCACCUACAUGGAGGAUGCAGUGUGCCAGCUGCUAGAGAACAGGGAAGAUAUCAGCCAAUAUGGAAUUGCCAGGUUCUUCACUGAAUAUUUUAACAGUGUAUGCCAGGGAACACACAUUCUCUUUCGAGAAUUCAGCUUCGUCCAAGCCACUCCCCACAAUAGGGUAUCAUUUUUACGAGCCUUCUGGAGAUGCUUCCGAACUGUGGGCAAAAAUGGCGAUUUGCUGACCAUGAAAGAAUAUCACUGUUUGCUGCAAUUACUGUGUCCUGAUUUCCCGCUGGAGCUCACUCAGAAAGCAGCCAGUUCUCUCUCUCAGAUUCUCUCUUUCCCCUUCAGGAUUGUGCUCAUGGACGAUGCCAUGGACUGCUUGAUGUCUUUUUCAGAUUUCCUCUUUGCCUUCCAGAUCCAGUUUUACUACUCAGAAUUCCUGGACAGUGUGGCUGCCAUCUACGAGGAUCUGCUGUCGGGCAAGAACCCCAACACAGUGAUUGUGCCGACAUCAUCCAGUGGGCAGCACCGCCAACGACCUGCCUUGGGUGAGGCCGGCAUGCUGGAGGGCGUGGAGGCGACGCUGUUCUACCAGUGUCUGGAAAACCUGUGUGAUCGGCACAAGUACAGCUGCCCACCCCCAGCACUUGUCAAAGAGGCCCUCAGCAACGUUCAGAGACUGACCUUCUAUGGGUUCCUCAUGGCUCUCUCAAAGCACCAUGGAAUCAACCAAGCCCUCGGAGCUUUGCCUGACAAGGGGGAUCUGAUGCACGACCCAGCAAUGGACGAGGAGCUGGAACGGCUGGUGGUGAGGUCGAAGCUGCACCGGACCUCACGGCAGCACAGAGCCAAGGAGCCAGGGGCCUUUGCCUUUCAGAGAAGAGAGAAGCAGGAGGCCCUGGAGAGAGUGUCCUCAGCUUCGGUACCGACGCCCUACCAUUACCGGUGGGAGCCCCGAGAGUGAGGCCAGGGUCCGGCACUGGGCAGGGAGGCAGGAUCCAGAGGACACUGCUUCACUCAGACCAACAGGGAGCAAGGCCCUGCGGGGGCUUUAUUUUGACACCACUUUGUUUCAAUACAAACAGUCCAGAAAGAAAGUCAUGUCCCUCUGGGGGAGGGGCAAGGGGAAGAGUGGUCUGUGUUGCUUGGGAGCCCAACCUACAACCCAAAGGUAGGGGCUGGGCUGAGACUGCCGGUGCGGCAGAGGAAGAUGGCACCAAGAAUGACACAGUGCUUGGCUCAGAUGCCAGAGGGUGAGGCCCGCAGUUCCCACUGGCGGGUGCUGUCCAGGCCCCCAAGCCCAGAAUGAUGCAGAGGAAGGAGCUCAGCCCCAAGAGCCUGCCUUUGCCCCUCACAUCCUCUGCUUCCCUGGCCAGCAUCAAGCUCACAGCCUCUAGAGUCAAAUCACAGCAGACAAGACCCUCCAUGGCCACCAACCAGGGGAUGAAGGGACAGAGAAUGUUGCAGAAGGUCCUGCGGUCCACAGCAGAUGGUACAGAGGGACCCUGAGACAAUCUUCCAAGUGCUUACUGUAGAAAGGGGUGGUGAGACGGGAGAACCCGUGGGUCUCCAGUCUGAUCCCAAAUGAAACCUUUAGGUACCAGGUAGUUUCCUGUCCUUGGUAAUGCCCAAAAGGACCUUUCCCUCCUUUGCCCUCUCCUGGCACCCAGAAGAGGCCACUGGCAGCAGCAGCAGCAAGUCCGCAGCCUCUUUCCCCAGGGGACGGGUCUACAGUGAACUCCUUCCAGGCCUCCCCAUGGUUCCAGAGGAUGGAGACCCAAGCCCUCGAACUAGAAGAACC